AUGAAGGGGGAUGCGAUAUGGCCUGCAGUUAAUGGGCAAGGUCCCUGGCUUGAGCAGGGAGCGGGAGCCAAGAAGAGGGAUGGGCUGGAUUAUUCCAAGUGGGACAGGUUCACGGAAGAAGUGAGCGAUAGCGAAGACGAGGACAUGGAGGAGGUGGAGCAGGAAGUGGAACAGGAGAGAGGGAGCAAUAUCUCGAUGCCAGUGGAGCAGCAGCAGCAGCAGCAGCAGCAGCAGCAGCAGCAGCAGCAGCCAGUGGGCAAGGAACCUUUGACAGAGCAGAGAUCGAGCGGCACGAGUGCGAGCCGGGAGGAGGAAAUCGCUUCCUCUCUCGCGAGGAUGUCGAGGAACGGCGGGACAUGUGAUCAGUACAUCUGGUCUCAGGACCGCCAUGAGGUGGUCAUCAACUUUUUCCUCCCAGCCGGGACAAGAGCCAAGGACAUGUCAGUCAGGCUGACGUCUGAGAAGCAUCUGCUCGCAAAGAAUCAGGAGGUUGUCAUCAUUGACAGGGACCUGUCGUAUCCAGUGGUCAACAACGAAGACUCAUUGGACUGGGAGUUGAAAGACUUUCAUGACGGACGGCGACUUCUGCGAAUCAGCUUGAGGAAAACUCUGCCGGGAAUGACGUCGCUCCCUGCUCUCCCUGUGGAAGAGAGUGUCAUCCUCUGGUGGAAGUGUGUGUUCGUCGGAGAUGCCGAGAUCGACGUCGCGAGCAUCCCCGAUAGGAAGAAGAAGAAUCUCUCGACGAAUCAGAGCGUGUGGAAGGAGGCGCACGAGAAAUUCCAGCACAUUGUUGAGGUGGAGAUGUAG